UGUCCAUGGCCCUGCGGAGCUCCGGGCGGCCCCGGGCUCCGCCGCGCCGCCGAGCGAGCGAGCGAUGGGCAACACGGUGCACAAGACGCUGGCAGACACGAGCCACCAGACCCGCUCGGUGCCCAGCCGUCCCUACUACAGCCUGCCCAACAACAGCCAUGAGAGACGCUCGGUGCUGGCCCUGGCGGAGCCGCCGCGCUUCCACUCGCAGGCCAAGGGCAAGAACGUGCGGCUGGACGCGCACUCGCGCCGCGCCACGCGCAGGAACAGCUUCUGCAACGGCGUCACCUUCACCAACCGGCCCAUCCACCUGUACGAGAAGGUGCGCCUCAAGCUGGUGGCCGUGCACCACGGCUGGAGCGGCGCCCUGCGCUUCGGCUUCACCAUCCACGACCCCUCGCAGAUGAGCUCCGAGGAGAUACCAAAGUACGCCUGCCCCGACCUCGUCACCCGCCCCGGCUACUGGGCCAAGGCUCUGCCCGAGAGGUUUGCGGUCAGGGACAAUAUUUUGGCCUUCUGGGUGGACCGGCACGGCAGAGUGUUCUACAGUAUUAAUGAUGAGGAGCCGAUUUUGUUUCACUGUGGUAUUAAAGUUUCCGGGCCUCUUUGGGCUCUCAUAGACGUCUAUGGAAUUACCCACGAAGUGCAAAUUCUAGACAGCAUGUUUGCAGAGACCAUGAGCACAGCCCGGCUCAGCACCGCCCGCCUCAGCACCUGCCUUCCCCAGAGCAACCACGACUCGGCCAACUUCAACAACAACGAGCUGGAGAACAACCAAGUGGUGGCCAAAAUUGCAAACCUGAACCUGAGCCGGGUGCCAGGACUUGGGACUGACAACCACAUCAUCCCCUGCUGCCCCAGCCGGCGGCAGCACGCCCAGGGAGUGCCGGCGUUCCUGGACACCGACCUGCGCUUCCACCCCACGCGCGGCCCCGACGUCACCUUCUCCCAGGACAGGAUGGUGGCCUGCACCAACUGGCAGGAGAGCAAUAGGACUUUGGUGUUCUCUGACCGGCCUUUGCACAUCGGGGAGAGCCUCUUUGUGGAAGUGGGACACCUCGGGCUGCCCUACUACGGGGCGCUCUCGUUCGGCAUCACCUCUUGUGAUCCGAGCACUUUGCGGACAAACGAGCUCCCGGCGGAUCCGGAUUUUCUCCUGGACCGUAAGGAGUACUGGGUGGUUUAUCGAGCCUUCCCCAUGCUCAACAGCGGUGACAUCCUCAGCUUCAUGGUCCUGCCCAACGGAGAGGUGCACCACGGGGUCAACGGGGCCAGCCGGGGCAUGCUCAUGUGCGUGGACACCUCCCAGUCCCUCUGGGUGUUUUUUACAAUCCACGGCGUGAUCAACCAGCUCAAAAUCCUGGGCACGGUGCAGUCCAGCCCAGGGACGGUGUCUCCCUCAGGAUCCCCCGGUGGCUCCCAGUACGACAGCGACUCGGACAUGGCCUUCAGCGUCAACAGGUCCUCAUCAGCCUCAGAGUCCUCACUGGUGACUGCCCCCAGCUCCCCUUUGAGCCCCCCCAUCUCUCCCGUGUUCUCCCCCCCGGAGCCAUCGAGCAGCAAGAACGGGGAGUGCACCGUGUGCUUCGACAGCGAGGUGGACACGGUGAUCUACACCUGCGGACACAUGUGCCUCUGCAACACCUGUGGUCUUAAGCUGAAGAAGCAGCUCAACGCCUGCUGCCCCAUCUGCAGAAGGGUCAUCAAGGAUGUGAUUAAAAUCUACCGCCCCUAGGGGCUGCAGGAGGGGGGAACGCCGCUCCAAAACACGCCUUUCCGUCCCUGCUUAUGGGUUAUCGUGCUGGUCAGUCGUUAUCAAGUGGCUCGUUAUCUGUGUUUCCUUAUUUGACUGCUAGGGCACAAUUCAGGGAGCAAAGCUGAGGAUUGUGCUGGCCAGGCUGAUCCAGGACCCGAGCCAGCUGCCAAUGAGAAAUUCCCCGUGCAAAGGUUCUUUAUUCCCGUGGUGUGGCUUGGCGUGGGGAGGUUGCCACUUGGGCAGUGCCAGGUGCCACUGGGCUCCCUAAAACCUGGACCCUAAAACCCAACAGCUCUGGGCUGCUGCUGCCAGGGGCUUGUGCUGUGCUGGAGCAACACUGGGAUGAGGCCCAGAGGGAGGGUUCAGAGUGGACAGAAGUGAUCUGGAAAUGUCCUGCAAGGAGAGCUAGCUCAGGCCUUGUCACUUAUUGGGGUUCUGUCCUUGUGAACAGGCUCGUGGGGACAUGAGGAGCUGCUCUGGGUUAGAUGAAGCAGAUUUUUCUUUCUGUGGCAGCACAGGGAUUUCUCCCCAUGGAGGCUGAGCCCCAGUGAGGAUCCCACACAGAGCCCAGGCCCUGCCCUGCUGCCUUCUGAAGCCAUAAACUGCAGCCUGUGCCCCACAGGGCUGUGUGGGUGGGCAGCCCUGCCCUGGCACACGGCAGGGAUGGGGUUUGUCACCUCCAGGCACAUCCCCUGCUCUUUGCUCUGCCCUGCUGGCAGGUGGCACAGCUGUGUCCCCCUGUCCUGGCUGUCACCUGUGCCACACCUCAGCCUUCCUCCCGCCCCAACACGGGGAUUUUUUGGAGGCUCUGGUGAGAAAUUAAUUUCUGACCCAGUCCCAUCAGGCUCACCUUUAUUUCUGGGGACUGGGUGUGCUGAUUUUUCCUGUUCUCUCUCCAGCCUUUGCAGGUUUCCCAGCACAGCUCCCAGCUGCCUGCACGCUGGGUCUGAACUCCAGACGAGACCUUGUUGAGAAAAACAGGGACUAGCUCACUUGGCUUUACUUAGAAGGGAAGAAAAAGCCUCUGAGGCUGAAUUAGAUGGUGGGAAUUAAAAGGUAAAUGGGUUUUGGGUGUAGUGUCAGCUACAGGCAGCACUGGGGCUGGUGUGAGGAGCUCAGCAUCCUCCUCCCUGCUGCCCUCCAGUCUCCGUCCUCUGCCCAUUGCACAGCCCCUGUCCUGUCCUUCAGCCUGAGCCUGGCCAAGUUUCCAGCUGCUCCAGGCUCAGAAAAAGGAGAAAAAUAGCUGGAAAAGGGAGGAUGAGAGGAGCUGUCACUGCAGCUCGGUGACCAUGUGCGUGAGAACAGCUUUUCAGAAAGGUGCAAUUACCAAUUACCACAUUUGAGUCUGGAAUAAAGGGAAAAAAUAGAAUAAUAACUCCUGCACAUUCCAGGGCUUCUGGGCACAGCCUGAGGAUGUCUGGCUGUUCCCUCUCUCCUCCAAGGCUGGGGGUGCCUGGUGCUGCUACCCAGGGAGCAGCUUACCCUCUCCUACUGCAGGCUGUGCUCACAGGGCACCCAGAAACCUUUUGUUUUUUCCUUGGAGAGCUGAUGAAUGUUUUUAUUGAGUGUAUCAAUGAGAGGCUGCUGUGGAGUGAGACCUCUGAGCCCUUUUUGGAGCCCUGGCUGUGCCCUCACCUUUCCCCAAGGAGCAGCCAGGACACAUCCCCUGCACCUGGAGCUUUUCUGCUCUCCUCCAGCCCAGGCUCUGCAUUCCCAGGGAGCUCCCAGCCCCACGGGGGCAGCUCCAGGUCCAGC